CCCCAAAGCGCUUUACACAUUCAGUCAUCCACCCAUUCACACACACAUUCAAGCACUGGUGAUGGCAAGCUACAUAUACAAAUAUCAUAUAUAUGUGACAGGCAAAAACUAGCAAACACUUGUAGCAGUUAAAACAACUAAUACUUGAAUGCAGAAUGUUACACCAUCACUUAUGGAUAUAUUAGUUUUUCGCCUCUCACUGCUUAAGCCAUUAAUCUUUCUGGAAUUGUUCUUUGAAACCGAUGCGACCUCACAAAAGAUAUUAACUAUGCUGUCAGACCUGACGAGAUCUCUUAACGAACUCCGUGAGGAGGUCAGAGCCAUCCGCAAUACCGGCUCCAAUGAAUCGGUAGAUGCUGGGGUACUCCCUUUGGAUUUGCCCUUGCACAACAUUGAGGAGCUAAACAAUGCAGAGGCAGCUCUUCAAUCGCAAGAGGCAAAUAAGGCAAUGCUGAGACGCUUUGCCUUGAUUGGAGGGACCACACUGGAGGUGCAAGUCUGCCGUGUAAUGGCUUAUGCCAUCACAAACGAGCUGGCCUCAGUACUAAACUGGGCAGGGAAAAAAACAAAGGACCAGACGAAGCAAAAAAGGGCAUUUAAAGAUACUGCGUCGGUGAAAUGUCUCACAGACAAUGUUACCCAGCUAAAUAGAGAAAAUAAAAAAAUGAAAGAGACAGUUAUUGAUCUACAAGCUUGUGGCAUGCGUGAUAAUCUUGUAUUUUCUGGUAUUCCAGAAGCCGUUGGAGAAGACGUGGAGACUACGGUGAAAAGCUUCAUCAAAACCCACCUGAAGCUGCCGGAGGACACGGUGAAGAACAUCGCCUUCGAUAGAGUGCAUCGCAUCGGCCCUAUGCGGGCUGCGACCGGGAGACCACGUCCAAUCGUGGCCAAAUUCGGCCACUUCAAACAAAAGGAACAGGUGAAAAGUCACGGCAGGGAAUUAAAAGGAACGGACUUCAGCGUAAACGACCGGUUCCCAAAAGAGAUCCUGGAACGACGCAGGGUCCUCUUCCCAAUCCGACGCGGCUUCAUCCAGAAGGGCUCCCGCGCUGUCAUCGCUGUGGACCGGCUCUACGUGGAUGGACAGCUUUACCGCGACCCCGGCAUCACUCCGUGGCUGUAUUAACUUCACACCAGAUAAGAAUCCACUACACCCUUUCUGUCUGUGAAGGUUCUCAGUCAUCCAGGUCAUCG